CCACUAUGUACAGCCAAUGGAAUGAACGAACUCGCGAUACGGCAAAGUACUGGAACGAUGGCAGUUCGAUUUCCUAGGAGGAGAGUACAAAGUUUCCUGUUCAAACGUUAGUCAUGAAACCACUAAUUCAGAUAAGAUUAGAUUCAUGCAUCCGUUUACAUUUUAAUUUUACUUCGGGUCCCAUCGACAUACGGCAGCAUCAAGGGCCAGCGGUUAUAUUUGGGAUUUAGUCAUGCCACGCCAUGUGCCCAAGCCUGUGUUCGACCGCCCCAACACCUACUAUUAUAGCACUUGCUGACUUUUGCAACAUACAGAUAAAUUACUAGCCAUCCAGUUCUAUUAUCGUGUGCGCUACCGCUCAUAUGAAUCUGGUCCCAUCAGAUCUUGAAUCUCCCCGUCGUCCUUCACUUGUGCGCGACCGUCCUUCUCGGCCUCCGUUGCCAAACGGGCCACGCUUGCGCUCACGCACAAAAAAUUCAGUCGAUAUGAACAGUCCCCUCGGAAGCUCUAGUACCGACGGAGGCUCUCCUGUCGUUACCUCCGGGUUGACAUCACCUGUCCUCACCUCUCCCUUCCUCCGUCCAGGCUCUCCUCCAGGCCUGCUGGAUGAGAGCCAAUCAUUUUCCCUCGAUGCCUCGCUCCCGCAGUGCGUGCCACAAUUAGGCGCUUCUUUACACACGUGUGCGGCAUCAGACAUUAGUGUUCAAGUUUCACAGAAUUUUACCUCGUACCCUCCAUCUCCCUCCUUAUCGCAUGCAGCAACACCUCCAGCUCAAAAACCAAAAGCAACACUCAAGUCAAAGCCAUCGGUAGCGACAUUCCUUGCUCCUCCUCCUCUUGCGCCCCCGCCUACAGUGUCAUUUGAAUCCAUACAGAUUCCAUGGAAGGGCCUUCCCUAUGAAGCCGCCCAAUGGACAUUCACGUCAUCCGAACUGCAGGAGAUAGUCUCACGUGCUAUCAGGUUGAGCGCAAAAGAGUCUUUCAUACGCCUCCUAUCUCCCAAAGCGCUGGACACAGACAUGGUAAAAGAAGCAGAGCGUCUCGAAGAAGAGCGCCUAGCAACGCAGGUCAAAUGGAGAUUCGAAAUGAACAGACGAACCAUGCUGAUGCAGGCGCUCAACUCCUGUGCGAGUGUGUGUGCCAACUCGGGAGAAGGUGAUAAAGAGAAUGUAUUGGGAGGCUUGAUAUCUCAAGUUGCAACUUCUAUCGCUUCGUGCGAUUCUAUGCUUGCAUCCAUUCUGCACAUGUCAGACCAACAGGCUCAAAUUUCGGUGGUUCAGCACCGACAUUGGGCCUCAGCUCUCGGGAUUGCACUUCGCAAGCUAAACAAAGCAUUCGAGCGUCAGGGAGAAGAGAUGAGACGCGCGCUAAUACGUAUCCAGACGCUCGAGGAUGAGCUCGAUGAAGCCUGGAGAGAAGCGGAGGGCAUGGCCGCCGAGAUUGAUGAGAUGGAACAGAGCGACGAGGAGGAAAUUGAUGAUAUCGAUGACAACCAAACACUAGGAGACAUUACCAUCAACACCGAUAUCGCACAAGUCAUGGGCGUCACUGCUAAAGCUGUUUUAUCCAAAGCCACUCUCAUCUCCCAAGUGAAGCAUGUAUCAUCCGACGCCAAGUCCGUCAAGUCUUUGAAAUCCGUAAAAUCCUCCCGCAGCAAACGGUCCAAAGAUGGCCCCAACCGGAUUUCACGUCUAUCCGCAGCAAAGACACGCUCACGCACCGCAUCCAAUGCCAGUCUCCGUUUGCCCAAGGGGUUGCGCACCCCAACAGCAUCUCAUAUGUCACAAGAUGAGCCUCCACCUAUGCCUGCACUUCCAGACGCCUUACAAGGAUGCUCGUUCCUUGAUAUGGACACCAGCGGCGCAGAGUAUUCUCGCCCGCUAAGAAAACAGUUACCUAACCGCGCUCCAGAACCGACGGUCUCCCUUCCUGAACCUCCCCAUACAGCAGGUCUUCCUCGAACCUCCAUUCCCUCGAUUUGGAUAGACGCCGACUCAGGCCCCGGUUUGCGACCGAACGGCCUCGAUCGUUCACAAUCCAUGCAGAUCUCCUCCUCUCUCCGUCAGGGCCGGAGAAGCGAACUCGUGAUGAGCCUGUCGCGGUCCGAUGCCGGAGACUCCCCUGUGGAGAAGGUCGAACCUGUUCUGGGCUGUACAGGUGCUGUGACUGUAGUGGAUAAACCACUUCCUGUGGACAUACCUGUACCUGUACCUGUUAUCGAUCGGCCACUAUCAGCCGUAGAUAGGUUAGUAUCUGGUGCGAUGGAUCGACCGCGCCCGAGUAUAGAUAGGAGGAGUUCUGGUUCUCACAAGUUGAUGCCACUGCUUGAAAGGUCGGCAGGAAUCCCUGCGACUCUUAUCUCCGGUGGGAGGUAUUACUCGCGGGGAUUACCUAGCUACCGGUCAACGGAAACUAUCUCCGAGGGCAGGACCCCGCCGCGUAUAGGAACGCCAAAUAAUGGUUAGGCCGGGAUAUAACCUAUGCCAUCUACGCACAGUCUAGGCAUGUAUACUUUCAUGGAAUAGACCAACCAACUGAAUCUAUUCAAUUGGAUAUCAUUUACAUUCCAUUUUUACGCACAUAUGUUUCUUCAUUCAUCUACUGAUAUCAUUGACUUACAAGAAUUCGCAUGCAUAAUUAUAGUUGCUGUAUAACAC